CGAAUCCAGAUCGCCACGAGAGACUAGAGAGAGAAAGGUAAGAAAGCCAGCAAGCUACGUUUCGAGGACCUACUUUCGAGUCACCAGCUAAAGCUCUCACGCCCAGCCGACCAUGCCGGCGGCCAGAAUAAACACAGCGACGGUGUGUUUGACAACCGAUGGAAACACUUUUCUUUUUUGCAAGUUGCAAGGUGUGCCGGCGCAUCCUCCUCCUCCGCUUGCAUUGCAUCCCGGUUUUCCGUCAGCGCGGACGCAAACAAACCUGGGAUCGAUCCAUGUCAGCGGCGACGAACGGGCCGGGCCAUGGCACGCACGAUGGUGAUGGAUGAUCGAUGUUGGUGUGCCCGCGACGCCCACCUCGGUCGCUCCAAACUCUCUCAACAACCGGUGAUGAGGACCGUCGGUGGCCGAAGCCGUCACGCAAGCAAAGGGAAAGCUUGGCUCCGGGACUCUGUCUGAGAGGCGCCUCGAGACACAGUUUCUGCCGUCGCGGCAAAGCGUAUCCAUCCAGGACCGGGACCGGGCAAGGCAGGAAGAAGGGGGACGCAUGGAUGCCCGCCCGGCCGACACUCUGGGUCGAGCACCAGCGCACUUGCUUGUUUGCCCGCACACUUGCGCAGCUGCACAUUUUUUUUUCCCUUUUGCUUAUCUGACAUCUCCUAGCUUUAGCUGUACCAUGCUGGCCGGACGGCAUCUUCUCCGCCAGCUGCACCUACGGUGUUCGUUGUUGCUCGAUCCAUCUUUUUUACCUUACCCCUUGGGAUAUAUGCGAAACAUGGUGCUAGAAUAUCAUGCUACAUUCCGGCUGUUUUGUUGCUCGGUCGUGACUGUGUUGCAGCAGUAGGUCUGUCUUUCUCCCCCCGCUAAAAAAAAAGGUUUGUCUUUCUCCCCGUUUUCCCAAGGGCCCGGUAUUUUUUUUAUAAAAAAAAUCGCGUGUGGCCCGUUAUGUUAGCCCAGAAGCCCAUCAAGGCCCAUCCAGCUCCGGGGGAGCCGCGGUCAAACCAUGGCAUUUCACCGAUCUCUCUCUUCCCCCGCGGCGAGCCAAUUACCUCAGCCACGUACUCCACGUACGCCCCCGCCAUUCUCUCCCUCCCCGAUCCAGCCGAGGCUCCAACUGACCACCACCCCUAUUAAUUCGCUUUCCAUUGAACCCAUCUUCAGUUUCCGUUUGCAGGAACCACUGAUCUCGAUCGAUCCACCAGCUUUGCUUGCGCGCGUGUGCUGUGUGCAUGCCAUGGCGAACCAGCUGCUCCCCCUGGCGAUGCUCGUCGCGCUCUGCUGCUACGGCGCCCUGGCCACGGACUUCGAGGUCGGCGGCGACGCCGGCUGGGCCGUCCCGCCCGCCGCCGACCCCGCCGUCUACAACCACUGGGCCUCCAACAACCGCUUCCUCCUCGGCGACAGCGUCCAUUUCAAGUACAAGAAGGACUCGGUGAUGGUCGUGACGGAGGAGGAGUACGGGAAAUGCGCGUCGACGCGGCCCGUCUUCUUCUCCAACAACGGCGACACGGAGGUGCGGCUCGACCGCGCCGGCGCCUUCUACUUCAUCAGCGGCGUCGCGGGACACUGCGAGCGCGGCCAGCGGAUGAUCGUCAGGGUCAUCGGCCCCGACUCGCCGCCGCCGGCCCCGCCCGCGCCUCCCACGCCGCCGCACCCCAGCGCCGCCGCGCCGUUGCCCGCUCCCGGCGUCCUCACGUCCGUUGCCGUUGCCGGCGCCGCGAUGACCUUCGCGCCCGUCAUCCUGCGUGGCGCCUGAUGAAUGAAUGAUGAUUCUUUUUUUUUGUGUGUCAUAGCUGCAUUCAUGCAUGGAUGGAUAUCUUUUUUUUUUCACGAACCAUAAUAUGUAGACCUGUAUUUUUGUGUGUCUCUGUGUGUGUUUGGAAACUUGAUUAGGUGUUUCUUCGCUGUUGGUUCCGUCGGGAGAGAUUUAAUUGAGAUGUGAUUAGCUUCUCUUUUUUUGUGUGUUUGGAAACUUUUAUACUCCUAUAUAUACAUAGCUGCAUUCAUGCA